AUGGGUAGUGCAAGCUUGACAUCGACCUUCCUGACGCCGGAUCCAAGCUUCAAUUGGUUCUUCCUCUUGGAACUGAUUGUCUCUUGCAUUCUCGCUCUGUUCUUUUUGCUCUACUUCAAUCGACUAUUCGCGAACAUCAUCUCUUACGCGAUUCGAGCAUACACCUGGCACUAUUAUCGCGCAUACGUCGAUAUCAACGCACUUCAAGUCUCCCUACUUGGUGGGAGAAUCUUCUUCAAGGGCAUUCGGUACCAUGGCGUGAACGAGACAAUCUUUAUUCAUGGAGGAUUUAUAACAUGGCGCUACUGGACGCGUGCAGUUGAACGAAAUGACUUGCUGGGGAUCCGACGCAAGGCAGGUCUUGCUCAUCAUACCGCAAGGGAAGGACAUCCGAGGUCCUCGAGCGAUGGAACGGACGACAAUCUGGGGGAGCAAGGUGGCAUGGGAAAGACAACCGAGUUGCCAUGCCGGAUUACUAUCAAUGCAUAUGGCCUUGAAUGGUUUAUCUACAACCGGACUCCCGCCUACGACAGUAUCCUUGCGGGCUUUGGAUACUCUCCCAAUAAUGUUGAUUUAGACAACGACAGUUCAAACCUUCCAGGGUCUCAUCCGACGGGAGAAGAUGGCAACGGAAGCAACGACUUGGACUCUGAAGAUAUGCCCGACUGUCGUCCAACUAUGAAACCUAUGUCAGAGCGCAGCGCGAGUGAGAGGGGCGGGGUUACGUCGCAGACUACUAUCCGGGAAUCAGAACUAUCGGACCCUGUGUCCAACAUGUUACAACUCCUGCCCAUAAAGCUGGAUUGCCAGAAAGGAGCUAUUGUCAUGGGAAAUGAGCAUACUCGAUCUGUGUUGACAACGACAUUCAACACUGGAACGGGUACCAUCGAUGCUUCCAAUUCAGGCCCACUUGAUUUGUAUCGUCAAAUAUUUUCAUUUCAACUCAAUAAUCCGGUGAUUCAAAUGCGGCCAAACCCAGACUUCAAACAGAACCAGUCGGCGACCGCCAAAGACCAAGGUGCGGUCCAUCAGAAAGAGCCCAAAUCGAAGAAAAAACCGCAAAAUAUCUUCAACUACCAAUUCCAGAGGCGCAGGGUUUGGCACAGCAUUCGAGACUUGGUCCCAUAUUUCCAGACAUCUGUUGAAUCAUUCCAUGACGAUGGCAGGUACACCAACAGUAUGCCGAGGAGCCAGGCAGAGUUUCCUGAAGUCCGCUGGACCGGUCUCUCUCGGUAUCUGGACGAAGAUACCGAGGAUGACCAUGAAAAAUGGACCUCAGUCGAAUAUGGCAGGUUUUCUACCAUCGUGGAUAGCCCCAGCUUGAAUAUAGCCUACUUCUGGGAUGUCCCUGGACGAGUCAUUAUUCCGCCAACGUCAACUGUUCGGUCUCAACCAAUGGAUAUCAAUAUCAAUCAUACCCAGCCUCCCGAAUGGGGGAUCGACCUGAAGAUUGACGGAGGUACGAUAAAUUACGGACCAUGGGCUGAUAGGGAGCGGGUUGGCCUACAGAAUGUCUUUUUUCCAAACUUCUAUCGCAGCGCUGAGGUGACAGAGCAACUAGCCCCCGGUGUUCUACGACAAAGCACGGCAUUUAGGUUGCGUGUGGAAAUCAAUAAGGAAUUGACAUUGCGAAUUCCAACACGAGAGUCUUCCAAGGAUUGGCAAUGGAAGGGUCGCGCUGAUGCCGUUGGGGGUGCAUCGAGAGCAAAGAAACCAAAUGAGCAGAAGAAUGCCCGAGCCAAAGAAGGUGAAAAGGGUUACCUUGGCCCUGAGAUUCGCCCUUUUGGGUGGCUCUCCCUUUGUGUUGCCGCCGACUCUACCAUCAAUUAUACCAUGGACAUGGUGGGAUCGAGCGCAGGGUUUCGCAAUGAACUCUCUAUCGACUUGCGGGAGCCAAGGCUGUCAUCCAGCAUCAACCAUGGCUUGCUUUGGCAAUGUCCUCGGCAACAGGUCACUUGUGAUCUAUCCAACCCGCUCUCCUGGAAUAGUCUUCGCUCCUGGAGAUUUACUGCCGAAAGCCAGGACCUACAAUUGUUUCUCUUACGCGAUCACAUAUUCCUUCUCACAGAUCUUGUGAGUGACUGGGCUUCGGGACCGCCUUCGGACUACUACGCAUUUGUUCCUUUUAUCUACAACCUCGAUCUCAAUUUCUCCGACUUCCAACUUUACAUUAACGUCAACGACCGAAACAUCAUCAGCAAUCCUUCGGAUCUAGAGGACAACCGAUUCAUUGUCAUCAAAGGCAAGCGUCUGACGUCGAAUGUCAUGAUUCCAUUGAACCAAUACCAACCUGAACAAAAUGCCAUCGAGUUCAGCGUCAACCUUGAAGAUGGCGGCGUGGACUACACAACACCUCUAUGGGAUACCCUGCAUGAGUUUUUGCCGCAGAAAUCCAUGGCCACUCUUGAGAAGUUGUUCAUUGACGGCUCCUAUAAUUAUUUCCAGUCAACAUCCCCGGAACUGACCGACACACUGGUUCUCAACAUCGAUGGAACUUCACCUCGUCUAUACCUUUUCGGAUUUUUGAUCAAGAGUUUCAUGACGAUCAGAGAGAACUAUUUUGGCGAAGAGAUGCACUUUAAGACACUUGAAGAAUACCAAGAGCUGGUCUAUGCCGAUGAGCCACCGUCAAAUCCCACAGGCAUCAACCCAAACCGAAAGUCCAAUGACAUGGAUGUGCUUGUGCGUGUCACGGUUGACGGCCCCCGCGCUUUGCUUCCUGUGAAUAUCUAUGAUCACUCAAAGUGCAUGGGACUUAGCGCAGCCUCGCUCGAAGUGGAUUUGCGCUUUACAAACUACUAUAUGGACUUGCAAUUCUCCAUCGCCCCGCUGAAAAUUGAUUUGGAGAGCACCCAACUGGAUGGCCCUUCCACUAUCUCUAGUGCCCAGUUGUUCAUUGAUGGAAUCUCGGUUUACGGCCAUCGACUGUUUGGUUUGCCGCCGCUUGAACCAACCUACGUUUGUAAUUGGGAUUUUGAAGUCGGUAGAAUCGUCGGAGAAUGCUCCAUCGAUUUCUUGGCUUGUUUAGCUUCAUCAUUGAAGAGCUUUGAUAUCUCGUUUGACAAUGACGAAAAUGCGUUGCCAACGCUGUUCCCGGAGCUUCUAUUUGACGUGACUUUCUUGAGAGCCAAGAUUGACUCGAUUCAUAUGUCCGUACUACUGGACCAAACAGCUGUGAUUUUGAGCACGCGGCCCUUGAAUGUGAACUUCAACGAUUGGGCAAACACCAAGUUUUCGAAACGCAUGAGCCUUCUCGUUCCGGAUAUAUCGAUCGCUGCCGUUGAUCGUCAAUCUGUCUCGCAAUACAAUCUAUCAGCAGGAGAAAUGAUCUCCCCCAUAGGACUUUUUCAGUUCACAAUUGGGCUGAAGAUGGCUUUACGCAAAUCCGAUAUUGCCGAAAGUCGACGACUUCAGCAAGAACAUAUCAAAAUACAUGAUCAGCGGACCCACAGGCACAGUGGUUGCUUUUUGACUGGGAGGAGACUGGCCCAGCUUCAACCCUUCCUCCUGAUGACGACGUAUUCCCUCCGACCAUGGCCAUACCUUCAAUGCCUGAGCCUAUUCAUGACAGGAUUGGCUCUGUUGAUGCACCGUCAUACCAGGAAGCUUCAGGUCCUCGUACAACUAGAAGCGCCAAGAGCUUUCUUGUCCAGUCAGAGGCGUCAAAUCACGACCUUUUCUGCCUACCGGGGAUCGAGCGCGUCUAUUUCAAGAACUGGCCAGUCGAGAGAUGGACCAAACCACAGGCUCGAGGCAGCCGCAUCCUCGCCUUCUGCGACAAGAGACGCAAACCCGUGGAUAAUGCCACAUUUCUCGUACUACAAGCUUCAUUUGGAUACAUCUGAACUUCCAUUGCCAUUUACAGAUGAUGGUGAUACAACGGGUGGAGACUCUGCGAUGGAUCAAAAGUCCGUGUUUCUCACAUUUGAUGAUGAUCAAACGAAAUACACAAAUCUUGCGUGCAAUCUCCCUCUUGGUAUCCAAGGAUUUUGUACACCCAAAUUCCUUCUUAGUCUAGCUACCUUACUGGACGGGUUGGAACCGAAGCAUCCUACGCGAAUCAUUGACUCGCUUCAAAAGGAUGUGGUAUCGAACAUCGUCGGCUACAACAACGCCAUGAGCCAACCUAAAAUUUCAACGGCUGUUGCUCUUCGUGUCCCGUCUAUCCGAUUACGACUAGUUGACCUGUCUAAGGCUCCCAACAACAAUCAAAUCGAGUUCCGAGAUGAUUACAACAUCGAGGUCCGUCGCCUGCAUACUGAGUUCCGGAGAAAGGUUCAACGUCAGAAAGGCGAUCUGCUUGAAGGUCUCAAACAAGGUGUGACAGUUCAUGCGGCAGCGGACCACGUCUCAAUUUCCAUCGAGGGUAGCCGAGCAGAUUCCUUCCACGAGAAGGCUGUGUUCAACUCUCACAUCGAAGAUUUGAAUUUCUGGCUCGUGACCUCGCCCAAUGUUCGUGCUAAUCUUCAGAUGCGAACAUUCAAUACAAUGACAUCAGCAAAGUCUGUGGAGCAUCUUGCAUUUCUGGUUCGUCGAGCCACGACUAUGUUUGAUUCUGUCGCGUCAUCCUUCCAACGGGUGGUAAUGUCCAGCGAGAAGCGCCUACAAUACCUCCUGUACUCCCUCACCCAAUCGGCCGCUGAUAUACCGGAUCCAAUAUUCCUUGCUCGCAUAUCUUACGUCCUCAGGGUUGCUUCGACUCACUUGCGGCAGCAUGACUCGUGGAAAAUCAUAUCUCGCAUUCGCAAGAUUUACAAAGGCCUACCUACUCAUCACAAGCGUGAGUUGGAGCAGCAAUGCUUGUGUGAUGACUUCCCUCUGCCGGCGAAUGCCGAAAAGGCUGUAUUGUCCGGCUUUGACCACUGGCGAGCUUGGGACCUUGCACAUGUUGCUAAAAGCUAUGUCAUGCGCCGUGUUUGGCCGCACGCUGUUGAACGGCAAACUUCCCAGCCUUCGAUGUUCCUAUCCUCCACAGUGCAAACACUCCGAUUCUCCAUGGAUCCUGGUCCAAGAGAAAGCGAUUUGAUAAUAGGGAAUCUGUGCACUGUUGCAUCAUUUGCCCCAUACUCGCCUGAAGCCGAAGGGGGAAGCGGCAAGAAACUCAUCACCCUGCAGACUUAUUGCGGAUCAACAGCCCUGAGGCUGCGCUGGGAAAUUCUGGACCUCGUUGAAGGGGUGAUCAAGGUCAUGUCGAAUAUCACACUUGAAUCAUCGCCAGGUCAUGUCCCAGUUGACAAGGUCCAAGAGAAAACACCCACCGAACUCCAGUUCAUAUUUGGCACUGAUUUUGGCUCAAUCACUCUCGACGGUAUCAAUAUUAAGCUUGCUUUGAUAGCGAAAGGUCUCCGAGGAUCGAUCGUUCAAAAGUCGCUUGGUACCAAAGAAUCGGAACCCGAAGACCUCGCGGUAUUGUUUAGUGCUGAAGGAUGCUCAUCCGAGCUCCAAAGUCAAUCGUCAACUCUGAUGUUGUCAAGAAUCGCUGACCCAUACAUGUACCUUUCGCUUGCAUCAGGGGAAGAUGACAACGAGCGCAAACACGAUUGGAAGCUCGCUGGGUCCUGCAGGAAGCUUCGUUAUGACAUGAAAGAGGAUCCUGUCAGCCUGGCGCACACAGCAGACAGACUUAUCGCGGACGAAGUCAGAUACAUCCGGCAGCUUAUGGAUAGUGUCAAAGUACCAAAAGCAAAAGCCGACCAGAGCCUUGCAUCGAAAAAACCAACCCGUGACACCUUCCAUGUAACAACUUUCUUGGAAGACUAUCGGUUGACGUUUAGCCUUCUGCCAUCUUUAACCUACCUUGUGUCAGGCGAAGUCGCUCGCAUGUCUGUGAUGCCGGCAGAGGCAUCCAAAAUCGAGGUCGACUUUGAUGUGAAGAAGAACUCGCACAUGUUCGUAUCGGGCGAAGGCGAGAGAUUCAAUGUCUUAUCCAUGCUGGAAAUACCUCCCGUAAACGGGCGAAUCCUUGCUAACCUCUUAUCGGAGCGCAAGGAAGUCGAGGUCGAUAUCACCAUUGAACUCAUUCGUCUAGAAACCAGUGCUGUGCGCAGUCUCCUGGCUGUUUUGACAGGACCUGAUGUUUCCCAUUUGAUUUGUGACCUCAAGCAGAAUUUAGACGUGCUCCAGUCACAUUUGAAAGACGUGCUGUCGCUACAGAGGGUAUCCCCAAAGCCCAAACCAGCAUCUGGUGGUCAGGAGAUCCUCUACAAAUCCCGUCUCACAAUGGCUGGGUUUGAAAUUCAUGCCAUUGCACCUGGCCUUAAUAGCAAGGAUUACUCUGCGGAGAUGAUAUUUAGCCUUGGGAUGAUGCGUAUGCGACUUCAAAACGGACUAGAUCGGGGAUACGCCAUGGAGCAUCCCGAGUUCAAUAUCGAUGCCUCUCAGAUUAAGUUUGAGCUUCUAAAACAAGAAAAGGCCAGCAGUCAAUCAUAUGGUGGCUUCUCUGCUGGAGUGAAGCUUCAGGGAACCUCUGCGGUCCGCGAAAAUGGGGAGACCACCAGAUCAUACCACUUCACCAGCGACAGAUUCGAUAUCGAACUUUUCGCUGAGACAGCAGCCCUCGUAGUGGACAUUGCUGUCUAUACACAAGAGCGCAUCAAGACUCUCGACCUUUCCCAUGAAGUCAAGCGUCUUAGGAAAUUGAGACAUGGUGGCCACAUUGAUACGAAAGACGGAGCAACCGCUGCCCCCGAAAUCCACGUCAACGAUGAUUCCACACCGGAAACCUUCCUCAAUGCUCUUUACUCUUUACAAUUCCGGACCAUUCAAAUUGCUUGGAACAUGGCCACGAUGCACACCAAAUCUGGUCGACAGCCCGAAGACUUGGUCUUUUCAAUCCAGCAAGUCGAACUGUCGAAUAAGAAGAAGAACGCAGCCAAACUUCGAAUCGAAAACAUGCAACUUCAGAUGGUACCAUUCGGAGCGGACAGAGGAAAGCGCUCACUCAAUUCAGCCCUUAUGCCAGAGCUUGUCUUCAACGUGGCGUAUUCCUCCAAAGGGAAAGAAGUGUGGCUUGCUUUCCAAGCCGCUGGUAAAUCUCUGGACAUACGCGCGACGUCCGAGUUUAUCAUUCCGGCUAGUAUGAUACAAGACUCACUCGCUACUGCAAGCGAGGCGCUUCGUGAAGGCAAGGCUGUUUGGGCAACCAGAGCAGACUCUCCAGGAAACACAAAUACCAACAAAGAUCGCAACCUUUUCGGCAACCGGCGAUUGCGGUCUCUUCUCGUCGAUGUUGACUUUGCAGGCGCCACUGUCACACUUCAGGGAAAACUUGGCCAUGAUCACCAGACGUUGUUAGCGGCCUCUUGGAAGGGUAGCCGACUCCCCGAUGCAAAAUAUGGUCAAUAUGUCCAAGGGGAUGCAGCGACGACAGCAACCCUCCGAGCACCGGGAGUGGCGCUCAAGGUCCAAUUCGAGGAUAACGGCACCGAUGAUCCAGCACUAAAUGCAGAGUUGAAGGUCGACCCCUCGACGAAUACAUUGUACCCAACCCUUGUUCCCCUUGUGAAGCAAAUGACCGCCACAGUCAAGGAAAUCAUGGGCAAUCAGCAGGGCCAGACUAGAAGGCCAUCUGCUGCAGCAAAGUUACAGUCCCAGAAACUAAUGCAGGAGAAGCAAUUUGAUGCUGCCGAUCCAACCAGCAUCCUUGGUCGGUGCAAGGUCAACCUAGGACUGCUGUUUUGUAAGCAGGAGUUUAGCUUAAGCUGCCAGCCUAUUGCAAGAGUCGCAGCUACAGCAAGAUUUGAGAGUGUCUACGUGACUGUCAACACAGUUCUAUCAGAAGAGCAGGGCCGGUUCCUUGCUCUCUCUUUGGCUUUCAACAGCCUCGAAGCCUCUGUAAAGCAUGUGUACUCCAAUGAAUCAACCGCAAGCUUCGAGGUCAAAUCCAUGGUGCUGUCCUUGAUGAACAGCAAGCACCUUGGCCGAAUGAACGGAAUGUCUGCUAUUUUGCGUGUCAGUCCAAUGAAGGUCGCAGUCAAUGCUAAACAAGUUCAAGACUCAUUGCUCUUCAAGGAGAUCUGGCUUCCAUCCGACAAUGAAACCGCCUCGAGUGAGACUGUCCAGCCAGAACCGUCUGAAACGCAGACCUAUAUCGUGCAGCGAUACCAGCAGGUUGCGUCAGCGUCCGCAUUCCCCUGGAACACUACCAUCGCGAUUGAGAAGGUCGAAAUUCAACUCGAUUUGGGCUCGACCCUGGGCAAGGCACAGUUUGCCAUUGUUGAUCUGUGGGUGUCUUCCAGCAAGACAUCCGACAAUGAACAGAACAUGUGUAUCAAUUUCGGCUCAGUUGCGAUCGAGAGCACUGGUCGAAUGAGCGGAAUUGUCGAACUUGGAAAGCUGAAAAUCCAUACCUCAAUCGAAUGGCCCGAGGCCUCCGUUGAGACGGGACACACACCGUUGAUUCAAGCCACGAUUGCCUUCCAUCACCUCCAAGCCAAGGUGUCAUUCGACUACCAACCUUUCUUAGUUGCACAGAUCGCCAUGUUCAAUUUCUUGAUGUACAAUGUUCGAAACACGUCCGGCGCGCAGAGCCAGCGCCUUUUCAGUAUCCUGGAAGGCGACAAACUCCAGCUAUUCUGCACAUCACUAACAGCAUCACAAACAUUGGCCCUGUUCCAGGCGUGGCAGCGCUUGAUCCAAGAUGUCCAAGCAGCCUAUAAAACAUCACUACGCGAGGUAGAGCGGUACCUCCGUCGAAAGUCUUCUAUCCUCACCGAGCGCCUCGAUGUCAGCGCUAAGGACUUAGUAAAGAAAGAAGACGACCAACCCGAAAAAGCACCGAUCUCUUUACACACCGGCGUCGUCGUGAAGAUCCGCCACGUCAACCUAGGAGCAUUCCCAAGCUCAUUCUUCGACAACCAGAUCUUCAAGGUAGAAGCCUACGACGCCGAGGCCCACUUCGCCGUCUCCCUCGAAUCCAACAAAAUCCACAGCGCCCUAGGCCUAACACUGGGCCAGCUUCGCGUAGCACUAUCCGGCAUCACGCGACCCACAUCCGCCCAACUCGACGAACUCUCUGUUGACGAGAUCGCCGAGCGAGCCGCAGCAUCCCGCGGUGGAACGAUCCUCAAGGUGCCGCGAUUAGUCGCUAGCAUGGAAACCUGGCAGGCUCCAGGAACCCACCAGAUCGACUACAUCUUCCGCAGCACGUUCGAGGGCAAAGUCGAUGUCGGCUGGAACUACUCGCGCAUCAGCUUCAUCCGCGAUAUGUGGGAGACGCACUCGCGGGCGCUCGCCGGUGAAGGGGGUGGUACUACUGAGAAGCAGGAGAAGAUCACUGCGGUUGUCAAUGUGCCCCAGUCCAGGUAUACCUAUACUGCGCUUGAGCCGCCGGUUAUUGAGACGCCGCAGCUCCGGGAUAUGGGCGAGGCUACGCCGCCUUUGGAGUGGAUCGGGUUGCAGCGUGAUAAGCUGCCUAAUGUGACGCACCAGAUUAUUAUUGUCACGCUGUUGGAGAUUGCUAAGGAGGUGGAGGACGCUUAUGGCAAGAUUCUGGGGUCGUGA